AACCCCAUGGAUUUCCUCAACAAUGUCCUAAAUUUUGUUCUUCCCUUUACAUCUCUAAUAGCCUUCAUCUUCUUCCUGCCAACCUACCUGUUCUUCAAGUUUCUCUCGUUCAUAUUCCGAUCAAUUUUCAGCGAAAAUGUCGCCGGAAAAGUUGUUCUAAUCACCGGAGCAUCGUCGGGAAUUGGCAAGCAUAUGGCGUAUGAGUAUGCUAAAAGAGGUGCUUAUUUGGCGUUGGUUGCUAGAAGAGAGAACCGCCUCCGUGAAGUCGCCGGCGUGGCGAGGUUCUUUGGCUCGCCCUUUGCUCUUGUAAUUCCUGCUGAUAUUUCAAGGAUUGAUGAUUGUAAACGAUGUAUUCAAACCACGGUUGACGUCUUUGGACGAUUGGAUCAUCUGGUAAACAAUGCGGGGGUCUCGAGCAUCAACCUCUUCGAAGAAUACGACAACCACGACAAUGCCGCCCCGAUAAUGGACGUAAACUUCUGGGGAAUGGUUUAUUGUACUUACUUUGCAAUUCCCCACCUCAAGCAAAGCAGAGGAAAGAUCAUCGGAAUCUCUUCCUCCGCCGCAUGGCUGCCGGUGCCAAGGCUAAGCUUUUACAGCGCAAGCAAAGCAGCAGUGAUAAGCUUCUACGAGACGCUACGAGUAGAAGUCGGAAGAGAUAUCGGAAUCACCAUCGUGACGCCGGGGCUUGUUGAAUCGGAGAUGACUCAAGGAAAGUUCAUGUCGAAAGACGGUGGGUUGUAUCUCGAUCAAGAGCUCAGAGAUGCUAUGGUGAGCGCAAUGCCGAUUAUGCCGAUCGAAAGCGCGGUGAAGGGGAUCGUGAGGAGCGCAUGUAGAGGAGACCGGUACGCGACCGAGCCAAGGUGGAUGAGGAUGGCGUUUUAUUAUAAGACGUUGUGGCCGGAGUUGGUGGAGUGGGUUAAUUACUUGAUUGGUAUGACUGGUUCUUCCUCGACCGAUGGUUUUGGGAAGAGGUUGCUUGAGCUCAUUGGGUUGAAGACAUGGUUUUAUCCUGAAUCUGUUCGAUCCCGAGAAUUGUGGCUCUAAAUGGCCUGAGUUCUAUCAUGUCUUCAUAUGCCAAGGCAGAUAGGGUUGUAUUAGUCCCUAGGAAACUAAUAAUAUGAUUGUUUUGUCACUUCUA